AGAGCGCUUCAUUGGCUGCAGCCAGAUAAAAAAAAACAGGCGUGCAGGAGAGAGGAGGCAGAACAUCCUGCUGCUUCACUCCCAGCAGAGGAGCCACGCUGUCGGAGCCAUGAACCAGAGCGCAGGAGCCGUGCAGCACACCCGGAGGUUCUCCGUGGACGAGAAGGACAUCGGACCUGUUGGACCAGACAGGAACUGGAAGGGGAUCGGCAUCUCGCUGCUGGUCAUUGUGGUCGUGCUUUCCUUCAUUGGACUCUCCAUCGUUCUGCUGUCCAAAGAUGGUUCAGGGAACCUGUGCGGCUCGCCGCUGACUCUGGACGACCUCUUUCAGAGGAACUUUCAAAUCCAUGAUCCAGAGGCAACAUGGAUGAGCUCGGAUGAAAUCCUCUUCCGAAGUUGGGAAGGAGAUGUUUUCAAAGUCAACAUCUACAGCAACGAGACCGAACUCCUGAUAAAAAACACCACCUUUGUGACAUUUAAGGCAACAAAGUUUGCCGUUUCUCCCGAUAUGAACUUUGUUCUUCUGGGAUAUGACGUCCAACAGGUCUUCAAGCAUUCCUUUCUGGCUUCGUAUCUGAUCUACAACCUGUUCACCAGAGAAGUGCAGGAGCUGAAUCCUCCGGAGGUGUCCAACUCUGUCCUCCAGUUUGCCUCUUGGGGCGUUCAGGGCCAGCAGCUGAUCUAUAUUUUUGAAAAUAACAUCUACUACCAGAAUCACACCCAGAGCAGCUCAUGGAGGCUCACCUCAUCUGGACAGGAGGGCGUGGUCUUCAAUGGCAUUGCUGAUUGGCUGUAUGAGGAGGAGGUGCUGGACUCCCAGGUGGCCCACUGGUGGUCACCAGAUGGCUCCAGGCUGGCCUACCUCACCAUCAAUGACACCCUGGUGCCCAGAAUGGUUCUGCCUCGUUUUACCGGCUCGCUCUACCCCAGAGGGAUGGAGUACCCGUACCCCAAGAUGGGCCAGACCAACCCCAGCGUCAGUCUUCAUUUGGUGUCCUUAGAUGGCAGCUCCUUCACCUCCGAACUCAGGCCUCCUGACAGGCUGGACAAGAGCGACUUCUACAUCAGCAUGGUGAAAUGGGUGACCCGGCAGAAGCUGAGCGUCCGCUGGGUCAACCGAGCUCAGAACGUCUCCAUUCUCUCCCUGUGUGACGCCACCACAGGCGACUGCAUGAAGAAACAUGUGAUGACAUCAGAGGCUUGGUUGGACCGCCAGACUGAGGAGCCACUGUUCUCCAGGGACCUCAGCAGGUUCUUCAUCAGCAGCCCUGGAGCCUUCAGCCACAUCUCCAUGAUCUCCGACCAGUCUGACGCUGAGCGGGUCCGGGUCCAGCAGCUCACCUCUGGGAACUGGAAGGUCUCCCGGGUUCUGGCCUACGAUGAGAACUCCAGAUCCAUAUAUUUCCUGAGUACAGAGGAGGGGUCGGCUCAGCAGCACCUGUACAGGCUGUCCGAGGAGCAUCCUUUCCAUAGAGAUUGUCUGAGCUGCUCUCUUUUUAAACCCAACUGCAGCUUCUAUGACGCUGAGCUCAGUCCAGACCAUCAACAUGUUCUCCUCAACUGCAGAGGACCUGGAAUACCUCAGACCACCCUCCACAGGCUGCAGGACAUGAGCGGAUGUCUGGCUGUGGAGACGAAUGUGGAGCUGAGGAGAGCUCUGACUGACAGAACCGUACCGAGGAGGGAGCGGAGAAUCCUGCAAAGAACCGGAUCUGGACUCGGUGUGGAGCUGAUGGUUCCCAGAGACCUGGAUGAAACGCUGAAGCAUCCGGUUUUACUCCUCCUAGACAGCGCCCCUGGUGGCCAAGAUGUGAACGACCGUUUCGCUCUGGACUGGGACUCGGUGCUCGUCACUUUGGACCGAGUCGUCGUGGCCCGAGUGGACAGGAGGGGCCGGGCGGUCCAUCAGAACCUGGGGACGGCUGAUGUUCAGGACCAGAUGGCAGCGCUGGAGCAGCUGGUGACACUUCCCUUCGUUGACGGCAGCAGAGUUGGAGUUUAUGGGAAGGCGUAUGGGGGGUUCCUGUCCUCCCUCCUGCUCCUGUCUCACAGCUCACAGAUCAAAUGUGGCGUCGCCGUGGCUCCAAUCACUAACUGGAGGCUCUACGGAUCCGCCGGAUCUGAGAGGUACUUUGGCUUCCCUGUCAAACAACAUCUCAGCUACCAGAUCUCCGGUCUCCUGAGGGACGUCACCGCGGCGAGUCCACAAGGCUUCUUGAUUGUCCACGGCACGGCGGACGCUGCCGUUCACUUCCAGCAUUCAGCAGAGCUGCUCCAGCUGCUGUCGGCGCUGAACGUUAGCUACACCCUGCAGAUCUUCCCUGAUGAAGGUCACCGCAUCAUCAGCGUAGAGAGCGAGCGCUACAUGCUAACAUCCAUGCUCAACUUCUUCAGGCGCUGCUUCCAAGAGGAGGCGGCCGUCGUCAUGGAGACGUCCAAAGAGGAGGACUGAUGGCGAUGCACCCCCUCCCCCUGAAAGCAGCAGAACCAGAAGCUGCUUUAACUUUCUUUCAUGUUUGGUUUCAGCUUUAUGUAAAAAAACAACGUGAACCAAUCAGAUCUCCUCUGAUCAGUAAACAGGAAGCUGCUUCACAUUAUCCCAAUAAUCUGGUCUUCACAAACUGGAGGGGUUGAAGUGGAUGUCUCAGACCUUAAACUGGUUCUGCUGGUCGGCGUCUUUAUGGACCAGUAAUGAUUUUUAUUCACUAAUCUGAACCAGUUCAAACAGUUAAGGGUUCUGAUCUCUGCCUCCUUUCUGGAUCUGUUUCUCACUCACACAUGUAGAUAACAUCUGAUCCAAGAUGAUAAUCCCAUUUUUAAUCCGCUCAUCACUGGAAUCUGUGCUUUAACCAAGUGUUUAAAAUCCCAUAAUGUGAAAAAAGGUGAGAUGAAGGCUGGAAGCUGAGAAAUAAGAUUUAUUCUGUUAAGCACAGACGAUGUCGUCUUUAUUUUCAGUCAUUAUCUGUGCUGCGUUCAAUGUCUGCAUGGAAACAAGGUCAUCAUGGCCUCUUCAUCACGAGCACCAGAAGGUUGAAGGGAAAAGGCUAUGAAUUUAUGACGUAUAGGGGAAUGCUGUGUGAUUUGUUUUUAACCCUUUAAAUGCCUGCCUCCUUCCCCUUUGUUUGCUAACAGUAUCAUUGGCUAUCAGUGGCGACCAACGGGCUUAUUAAUGGCUGACAUUGGGUGUGGCUGUUUAACGACAAAGAUGGCAAAGAAAUAAAGUGUUAAACAGAACCAA